AUGAUGCAUUUCGAGCGUUAUAAGCAGAUAAAGCAGGAAGUUGACAAGGAAGAAGCGAUGAAGUACUUCAACAAAGCUAUUGAGCUCACUGGGGAAACGCCACUUCGCGCGCGACAUCUUUCCAACAAGGCCCAAAUUCUUUACUUAAUUAUAUGCGAAGGCGAUGACGCGAAGGUUUCUGGAGGUGAUGAAACAGAGACGGAGGAGCUGUUGACAGAAUCCAUCGAAAUCCACGAGCGAGCUAUCAGUGUUUGCGAUGCGCAUCCAGGUUGUUCGUCUUGGCCUCACCAUCCUUUCAGCCAAAUUCACCGCGACGCUGCCUUGGCCUAUAGAGCACGAUUUCGCAUCACCAAACAAGAUGAUGAUGGUAAAAGGGCAUUUGCAUUGAUGGAAAAAGCAAUGACCUUUGAAAAGCCCGGGAAUUCAAAAUGGGAGCAGUUUUUGGACGAACUCGCCUGGACCCAGAAAAGUAAUCGCAGAAAAGACGGGCGAGCCCAACCCCGAGAAAAAAGCUCGCGAUAUAUGGAGAAAGGCCCUCGAGACGUAUCCGAACUUGAUCGGUGCCAGAGUUAG